CUUACGUACAAUAAGUGGCUGCAUACUGUUUUACUUUUUUUGCUUAUCAAUAUUUCAUUAUCAUUUAUCAAUCAAUUUGUGAAUAAUUUCCUGCAAAUGCAAACUCCAAAAAGGGAAAAAGAACUAUUCAAAUAAUCGUGCAAAGAAAACCUGUUUAAAUGUAAAACAAUGAAUAAAAAUGAGCUCAAGACUGCCUGAAACGAAUUCAAAUCGGAGAGCCGAAUUUUCAUAAACUCGUGCCGAUGCGCAGAUAACAGUGUGAUUUAACGCAGGCGAACUAUUGUCGCUAUGUGCUCUGCAUAUCGUUCAAAGUACCAUCUGAUUUGAAAUACACAAUACGGAAUACGCACAAUUAAGUGAGUGAGCAACGUAAUGACCACUGGCUUGUGCAUUGACUGUCUCGCUCCAACCACUUGCUAAGUGAUUGGUUUUUUUUUCGGCUUCACUUUUGAACGAUUUACCUACAUUUGAUGAUGCUGUAAACCACACCAACAUAAUAGCAACAGCAACGGAAAAAACAACCAACUCACACGCUGACAGCAAUAAAUAAACAAAAUGCCCAUAAAAGCAUGAUAAAUACCACUAUAUCUACAUAAAUAUAGACGAUUUGGCCGAUCGGAAAAAAAUUUAUUGAACGAAUAAAAGAGAAGGAAAAACUGGAUUCACCAGCGUCUAUUUUAAAUGAGCAUGUGAAUUGAUUACUUAAGGAUCAUUCACUCGAUAUGCUUACAGAAUUUCAUGCAAACCUGUUUUGGGUCGAACGCAGAAAUAAUAAAGUAUCAAACAUGAAUUCAAAAUAUUCCGCAAAUCCAGAAUAUUCAUUGCGACGAAAUAGAUAUUUAUUUCGAAACUAAAUUACACUGAAAAUUAGUCUAUCUGAAGCUGUUGAAAGUGAACCACACAUUUCAACGGUGUUUGUUUAUUAUAAUUUUUUCUUGCUGGGGAGACAGAUAAAGAGAGAGUGAGACGAUGUUGAAUCAAAUCAGUGAAAUUAUUCCAUUUCUUGAAAAAUCGUUAAACGCAACGAUUUUGGAUUAUUCGGCCGCUCCGUUGACCGCACGAGGCGAUAAUUUCGGUAGCACAAUAUUGGCAAUAAAUAUCAAAGUUAAGCUAAACACAAUCAAUGAUUUAUUGGGUGAGGUGAAAAUAAUUCAGUUGGCAGUAAAAUUUCCGGUUACGAAUGAUAUUCUCACAGCGAUAUUUGAACCGACAAUCACUUGUGUCAAAGAAAAUUCUUUCUAUGUGGAAAUUGUACCAGCUCUUUUUCAAUUCCAACGUGAAUGUGGCAUCAACGAAAAUGAUCUGAUUGAUAUUUUCAUUCAGUGUUAUGGAGCACGCAAUUCACUCGACAGCAAUUUUAAAGUUGCAGACCAGAAUGCUCUUCUUGUGCUGGAAAAUAUCAAAUCCAGAGGAUUUAAAAUCGGAGAUCGGGCCAAUGGUUUCAAUAUGCGUGAUGCAGAAGUGGUACUUGAGAAUAUGGCAAAGUUUCAUGCUGUUCCCAUUGCGUUGCGUUUAUUAAGACCGAAGAUAUUUGACGAAAAGAUCCGACCAUAUUUACAACCCACGAAAAUAUUCGGGCAAAUCGAUACAGACGGUGAAAUAACGCGAAGUCUUAGUGCCAGUGUUGACAAAGUUUCAGGACUCGAUGAAAAUCUGCGACAAAAGGUCUUGAACCAGCUAAAACAGUGUAGUGAUUGGCGCCACCAGAAUUUGCCUGCACAAGAUACGCCGUACACAGGGAUUUCGCACCGUGAUUUAUGGACCAAUAACAUCAUGUUUACGUGUGAUUCCACGGGGCGCAUUGACAAAGUCAAAUUCUGUGAUUACCAACUGAUGACAUAUGAUUCAUUUGCAAAUGAUUUGGUAUUCUUUGUGUUCAGCAGCAUAAAUGGUUCGAAUCGAAAAGGGAAUAUCGAACACUUCUUUCAGUAUUAUCACAAGCAUCUUUAUCAAACACUGGCCAUGCUCAACUGUCCGCUGGACGAUUACACAUAUGAAAAGUGUCGGUCGGAGAUUGAAUCCCGAGCAAAAUACGAACUAGAACACAUAUUGAGUAUGUUGCGAGUAAUUUUAGCAGAGAAGCAGACAAAGCCAGGAGAAUUAAGCGAAGACUUCUUCUUCCGUGACAAUUUUGUUGGACCGAAUUUCUACAAUGUACUUUUAGACCUUUUAAACGAAUUCGAGCAAUUAAAUUUUAUUUGAAAUUUGACGAAUUAAUGUAACAUACGUUUUUUGUCCAAUUAAAAGAAAAAUUCAUGUGUAAACAAA